AUGUUCAGGGAUGCUUGGACGGAUGACGGUGGGAAAGGAUGGUGGCGAUGUCGGUCCAGGUUGGGAAGAUUGUUGGCGGUGGCGACGGCCAUUUCCUGUUUCGUUGCAAUGUUUCCGGGUGUCGUGGCUAAUCCGGAUGCGAAGCGCCUCUACGACGACCUUUUAUCGAAUUACAACCGCUGGAUUAGGCCUGUUGGCAAUAACAGCGACCGCCUCACUGUCAAAAUGGGCUUGCGUCUCUCUCAGCUCAUCGAUGUGGCCGCUGGCUACGAGUUUGGUUCCCAAUUGCUGUAACUACUACUGCAAUUCAUCCAUGCCGCACUGUAAGCACCA